UACCUCCGCAGCGCUGAACAGACGCUCAGCACUUCUUCAUGUCACACUGACACCAGACACACAAUGGCACUCUUACAUUUAACGGUGUAUUUACUAUUGUCAUGCCUCAACAGUUUGUCAGAGGCCAACUCAACGCAACCGAGGAUGACAAUCACAGAGAAAGAAACUUCAAUAAAAAGGAUACCUUUACCUGGACACCAUGCACCUGUCGGGAUUGUUCUGGAAAGAGAGCCAGACUCUGUCAUAGCUGCUGGACAAACACACCUGUAUGCAUUCCACUUUCAAAAUCCUCAGAAGACUCCUGGGGAAAUAAGCGUAUUGUGGACAGAAUGCAUCGACAAAGGGUCUCCCCAAAAAGUGAAAGCGAAUUGCAACUAUAACAUCACUGUGGUCCACAAGAAGUUAGAGGACAACCAGGUCUUUCUGUGUGGAACCAACGGCCAAGAAACAGUCUGCUGUGACAUGGAUUUAGCAGAGCAGUUACCCAUGUGCAUUCCCUCUGUAAAAACGGACAGCAUAAAAAAAAACAUAAAGGGAUUUGUCAUAAAGGAAGGCGAACCGUCUGCACUUGUGGAAUCAGGAGAUAGUGAUCUCUUCAUUACAUACUCUGGAUCUCAAGAUUUAGUUGGCAUCUACAAGUUUGGGAAAAACCGAAUUGCACCGACAAGACAAGAUAAAGAGCAGCACUAUGUGGGUUUGGUGCCCAUAAGACGGGGAGACGACUCCAUACAGAGCAAAGUGUAUGCCUUCUAUAACGAGAAAAACAGAGACACAGGCUUUAACAGUAAAAUGUGGCUCCCUUUUGUGACCCGGGUUUGCAUGGAAGAUCGUGGUGGAACCAAGAACCAUUUGCAGUUCAGCUGGACGUCCCAGAUGAAUGCCAGGCUCUUCUGCGGAGACCCUGACAGCAGACAACACUUCUCUGAGCUGGUGGAUGUGGCUACUGUACAUGCAAACCAAUGGGAAAACACCAGGGUUUAUGCACUCUUCAGAAAUGAAUGGGGUAUGAGCGCUGUGUGUGUCUAUACGAUACAAGAUAUUGAAAACAUCUUCACAACCUCCACAUUUAAAGGCAAAGACAAUCAGCAUGGGAGGCCUAGACAGUGUGUUGCAGACAGCACAAAGAUUCCUUUAGACGGUCUGAAGAUGAUCAUUGAGAAUUCUGAGAUGGAGGAAUGGGUCCGGCCCGUUAACAACUCUGGCCCACUUCUAUUUAAUCACCACAGUUACACUCACAUCUACGUUGACAGUUCCCAGAACAAUCACCCCACCGUCCUGUUCCUGUCUCUAAAUAAUGGAGGGAUUCAUAAGGUGAUGGAGAGUAAAAGUCAGACCUUUGUCAUCGCUGAGUACCGACCUUUCAACCACAGAGCCCACAUCCUCGGCAUGGUCAUGAAUGCUACAUCUAGGAAGCUGUAUGUGAACUCGAGAAGUGAACUGGUCCAACUAGAUGUGGCAAACUGUGCCCAUUAUGGAAACAGCUGUGGGGAUUGUGUCUUGGCCAGAGAUUCCUACUGCGGCUGGAACGGCACCCACUGCACCCCUGGUGGCGAACUGCAGGAUGUAACCCAAGGGGACUAUUCCAUUUGUGUGUCUACAUCAAAGCUCCAGCAACCUGGAAAAGUGUUUAGAUAUUCCACUGACACACAUGCAGACGAGGCCAAGGGCAGCAUCACACUUCCCCCUGAGUCCAAGUAUUUCCUCCGGUGCCCGGUGUCGUCCCAUCAUGCCCAAUAUACCUGGCGUCACCCUGAAAGCCACACAUCCUGCAGUUCGAUGGAGCAACAGUGCCUUCUUCUGAUUGAUAGCAUGGGCCCCGAGCAGGUGGGAACAUACACAUGUGUUUCGGAGGAGAAGGGCUACAGCAGAGUCCUGGCCCAGUACCAACUACGGCUGGGUAGCACGGCGGCGGGCCGGUCAUCAAGCCCACUGGUAUGGCUCUGUCUAAUGGCUGUUCUGAUCCAGAGUGUGGCCGAUUAGUCCCGAGGAAAUAACAUGAUACAAUAGCAAGGGCUGCAACAUUAUAACUUAAAUUAAAAUCUUAUUUUUUUACAAGUCCAAAUUGUAAUUAUUUUUCUUUAAUUUAACCAAAACAAAGUAUUUUUUGCUGCACUUUUGGCAUCUAUGUAUCAGCGUCAUUUUCAAGUGCAGUAGAAGUUAAUGAAAAAUAGGUGUCUUAACUUAACUAUCAAAUGCAUAUUUUCAAAAGAAUGUGAAGCAGAAAAUGUGUGUAAAAGCUCAACUAUUCCACAUUAGAAGCGAGCUUGUGACCGGGAGGUCGUCGGUUCAAUCCCCAGACCGACAGGAUAAAAUCUGGGUGGUGAAAGUGAAAGAGCAGCGCUUGUCCGUUCAAAGUGUUUGCCUUCAGCUGAAAGCAAACAGCAAAAUGUACUUUUAACCGAUAAUGAUGAUAAUUAAUAUUUUGUUAGCAUAUACAGUAUUUUGUUGAUUCUGUUCUAAUAACAAUCUGAAUGCAAAACUGUCUUUACUGUGUCAUACAAAUCGAGCAAGAUGAUAUUUCUGCCAUCAUCUUUGGAUCAAGAAAUGCAUGUAGAGCUUCAGCCUGGUAAACUGUGUGAGAAGAAGAUAAACAAACCGGGGAUUUAGAUUAUUUUUUUCAGAAAACCAGAAUAUAAUAAUACAACAUGAUCAAAGAAAAUGAUGUCACACGCAGGAAAACCU